CCCCGCCCUAACGGCCGCCGCUUGGCCAGUGUGGGGGUUUUGGGGCGGCGAGGCGGGAGGAUGUUUUCCUGCUCCAAGACCUCGUCGCCGGGCUCGGCCACGGCGGCGAACCCGUGCCCGGAGCGGCAGACGGAGGUGGCGACGUGCGAGUCGGCGGAGAAGGACCUGCAGGAGGGGAUGCAGGAGGGGAAGGAGCAGAUCCGGGAGCUGAACGAGCGCUUCGCCAAGUACAUCAACAACACGGUCCUCAACCUGCAGCGCAAGAACAAGGAGCUGCUGGCCGAGCUGAAGAAGCUGGAGAAGGAGGAGUUCCUGGCGGUGGAGAAGGCCUACCAGAAGGAUUACCAGGACUUCCAGGCCCGGGUGGACGAGAUCCAGAACGAGCUGGUGCUGCUGAAGCUGGAGAAGGACAAGCUGAAGGCCCGGCUGGAGAGGGAGUGCCUGAUGAAGCGGGAGUUCGACCGGGACUUCCAGGAGCUGAGGAAGCGGUACGAGGAGGCGGGGGCCGGCCUGGAGAAGCUGCAGUGCCAGUUCAAGCUGCUGGAGGCCCAGCUGGCCCAGCUCCGCCUGGUGCGGGACCAGGAGCGCAUCUACUGGCAGCAGAAGGUGGACAACCUGCAGAACCUGGACCUGGCGGAGGGCCACCCGCUGGACCUGGAGCAGGCGCUGCGCCACAUGCGCCAGGAGUACGACCAGAUGGCCCGGCGCAACCGGGAGGAGCUGCAGCGCUACCGCCACAAGUUCGAGGAGAACGGCGUCCCCCUGCAGCGGCUCCGCAAGGAGACCGAGUGCCACCGCAACGCCGUCACCGACCUGCGGCUGCGGGACGAGAUGCACAAGAACCACCUGCAGGAGAAGGAGCGGGAGAUCAGCCGCAUCAAGGAGUACAACAAGUCCCUGGAGAAGAAGGUGGAGGCGCAGACCGCCGACUUCCAGACCAUGCUGGGAGUGAAGACCGGCCUGGAGCAGGAGCUGUCCGGCUACAAGAGCCUCCUCAACCAGGUGGAGAAGAAGGCCAGGGACUACAACUCCCCGGCCUGCCUGACCGGCCCGGCUCUUCCCGCCCCUCCUCCCCCUGCUCCUUCUUCCAAAGGCGCCGACGAUCUCAACAAGAUGUGGUGUUAGUGUCUCCCUCCCUCUCUCUCUCCCUCCCUCUCUCUCUCUCUGAGGGACGCUGACAGUUACAACCGAUGAAGAAGCAUUUUACUUUGACAGCACCGAUUCCACCCUGCACUCGGUGGACAGCACCCAAAAGACCCUUUCACGUUGGACAUCUCCCUAACAACGGCCAGAGCUGUGAUCCGGCGCCGCAGUUCUCAGUGCUGGUUAUUUUUCAACAUUCCCCACCACCUUGGCUCCGAGUUAUUGGUGCCAAGUAAAGACGCACUGAGCGGGCCCCCAUUUCAUGCGCAAAAGAUUCUUAGAAUGUCUGCAACAUGGAACAGACUUUGUUUUCCUUCAAAACAGUCAGAAUUCUAACUCGGCAGGUCAAUCUAUUGGUCACAUGGCUUUAUAUAAUGCAGAUGCAACCUUUAAAUUCUUUCAAAUAACUUUCCUGGUUGUAAUGUCAUCAAGUUAGUUGGUAUAAUUUAUUUAGUUUCAUUUUUUCUCAGAGCAUUUGGAACGCACAGAACUUUUUUGUCAAUCAGACAUGGUCUAUACUGUAAUAAUUUGCGAACACAUAACCAUACCAUUUUAGGUUUCUGGGUAUCCUUUUCGUUAUAACCAGUGUGGAAAAAGUAACGUUUGAUCAUUUAGUAUGUGUAACGGAUGUUACCUCUAGGCCCAUUUUCCUCAUUAAACCACAUCAUAAACUAUA